UUUUAGUAGUGUUGUUCAGUAUCGCCAAACAAAACCUGGUAAAAGACGAAACCACAACGCAGUCAUGGGAAUCACACUUUCUCAAUUUUUCAGUCGAAUGAGUGAGCUCUACCGUUCUUUCUCCCAUCGUGAGGCGCGCAUUCUCAUGGUUGGAUUGGAUGCAUCUGGAAAGACCACGAUAUUAUACAAACUCAAGUUGAACGAGACGGUGUCAACGAUUCCUACCAUUGGAUUUAACGUAGAAACUGUUUCACCCUGCAAGGGACUUACCUUCACGGUCUGGGAUGUCGGUGGCCAGGAGAAGAUCCGACCACUUUGGCGCCACUAUUUCCAGAACACCCAAGGGUUAAUCUAUGUCGUAGAUAGCUCUGAUCUGGAAAGAAUCAACGAAGCCAGGCGAGAGCUCUUCGCAGUUCUCGACAGUCCAGAGAUGGAGGGAGUACCUGUGGUCGUCAUUGGUAACAAACAGGAUCUUCCACGAGCGCUUAGGUCGCACGAGUUGGCUCAGCAGUUGGCUCUGUUGCAGCAUAAGGCAAACCCAUGGCAUGUGCAAGAAGCCUGCGCUAAAAAUGGUGAGGGCAUUUACGAGGCUAUGCACAAAUUGAGUGAUAUGGUCAAGGAAUUUGAGAAGAACUCAAGAAAAUACUAGUUGCAUUGUUAGGUCAUGGGUGAUAGACAACGUGAAGAGCCCAAUAAGAUUUUGUUAACUGUCACGCCUUUCUUAACUAGAGGAACAUUUUACAUUUUAGCACUGCAAAAUUUUUGCUUUUUACACCAUGAUGUAUCGAUAUUUAUUUAUUUGACACU